CUGACGAACAAUUUAAAAAACAAGGAUGAGGAUAUGGAAAUCAUACUAACCUACGCUCAAUCACUUGAUGCAUGUAUAGCAGGUAAAGAAGGAAAGCAAAUACGAUUAUCCUGCGACGAAAGUAUGGCUAUGACGCAUAGCCUGCGAUUACUCUCAGAUGCUAUUAUAGUCGGUAGUGGUACCCUCCUUAACGAUAAUCCUGGUUUAAAUGCAAGAAUACCCAGUUUGGCAGCAUUAGAAGAUCAACCUACGCCAGUUAUUAUUGAUCCACACUUUAAAUGCCCAGUCAACGCGAAAAUAAUAGAGAAUUACAAAAGAGGGAUUGGCAGAGCACCGAUUCUGUUGACAUUUGAAGGAGCGAAAAGCACACAGAAGCUUCUUGACUUAGAGAAAUCUGGUGUUAGGAUAUUUGGCGUGCUCACUUGCUCUGAUGAAGGACUAAGGUGGGAUAGGAGUAUAUUCGAUAAGAUAACGAAGGAAUUUGGUUUCAAAAGAUACAUGAUAGAAGGUGGUGCUACAGUGAUACGUUCGCUCUUGAGUAGCAAAAACGUAGUAGACAAACUGAUAGUAACGGUAUCACCCACUCUGAUAGGCAGUGAUGGUGUUUCGAUCAUAACAGAUGGUGACAGACCAGUAGUCAGACAUCGUGCUAGUAAGCAGUUUGGAGCAGACACUGUCUUUAUCUGCGACGUCGGAGAAUUGUAAAGUUGUUAUAAAUUUUGUAGAAGAAGAGUCUGCUAUUCUUCUAUCUUCUCUCUUGACGAUCACCUCCAUUAGUAAUCAAUGAGUGAGGGUGUUGAUAAGAAGGACGAUCAAUCAGUUGAAGCGCCACCAGCUUUUGAGCAAGCUGAGCAAGUUGAACAAACUGAACAAGCUGAAAGCAGUGCCACUGGUAGUAGUAGCGGAGGCGCAUACAAUCCAGAGACUGGUGAAAUAAACUGGGAUUGUCCAUGUUUGGGUGGAAUGGCAUACGGACCAUGCGGUGAAGAGUUCAAGACUGCAUUCUGUGGGUGAUACUUAUAGGUGCUAUGUUAAUUCUUAUCGAAUACACCAGCCUGCUUUGUUUAUUCGGAAGCAGAACCAAAGGGUAUAGAUUGUGUUGAAGCAUUCAAAGGAAUGCAGGACUGCUUUAGAAGCCAUCCAGAACACUACAGCGAUGAAAUCGACGAGGAUGAUAACGAAGAAAAGUCAGAAGAAUCCACCAAAAAAGAAGAAAGCGAGAGUACUUCAGACUCUGAAAGAAUAUAGACACAUCAUGUAACACUACACUCCACUCAAAAAAUUGCCUUCAUUCAUCUUGAU